CAUUGUCACAAUUAUCAUCAACAAGCGCGUAUUAUCAGGCCAUAAUUAUAAGACACUGAACGACAGAUUGACCGAUAAGAUUGCCAUCCACCAAUAUGCAUUUAACUCCAUAUCACAGCCCAUUAAGCCACCUUGAAGGAAUAUGAGCACUGAUCGCCGUUUAGAGUCAAUUGAGAAAUUACUCGUGAGAGAAUCAUCUGCGAAUCAAGAUGAAACUAUCACUCGCCUUUCUGUGCUUCAUUUCCCACUGCCUUUGUCAAGAAUUCGAGCCGAUCGUCCUUGUACAUGGCGGAGCAGGCUUCACGUCAGAUGAGAGAGAUCCUGAGAAGUUUGCAGGCACCAAACUGGCCGCACGCAUUGGCUAUCUCGCCCUGAUGGAGACAGGAUCUGUCUUGGAUGCUGUGGAACAAGCUGUGAGGAGCAUGGAAUUGGAUGUGGGCUUCAAUGCUGGAUACGGAGCUGUCUUGACACUCAACUGGACUGUUGAGAUGGACGCCAGCAUUAUGGAUGGGCGUGAUUUGUCAGCAGGAUGCGUUUCUGGCGUCCAAGACAUUCUUCAUCCAAUUUCACUGGCCAGAAUGGUUAAGGACAAAACACCACACACGUUCCUGUCAGGAGUGGGACUGAUGGAAUGGGCCAGACAGCAGAAUGUCCACAUUCUCUAUCCACCAGGACAGAUGGCUUCGGAGCGAGCGAAAGCAUCGCUCCAAGCUUGGCUGGACAGUCAAGCACAAAACCCUGGAAACACUGAGACUUUCGGUGAACCUGGAACCGUUGGAGCUGUGGCCAUGGACGCUUUUGGGAAUCUAGCCGCUGCCACAUCCACCGGAGGAAUAACUGGAAAGUAUCCGGGCAGAGUGGGAGACACGCCUCUGUUGGGCAGCGGAACCUACGCUGAUAAUCGCUACGGAGCCGUUUCCACGACAGGACACGGAGAGAGUAUCAUGAAGAUCACCCUCGCUAAGGACAUCAUCGCCCGAAUGGCUUAUCUUGGCUUAGACGUCCAGAAUGCCUCCAUGCAAUCCGUCGAAGAGAUGACCGAAAUGCUAGCCAACACAGCUGGAGUCAUUGCUUUGGACACAGUGGGAAAUCCAGGCAUCUACACGUCCUCCGGCAAGAUGUCCUGGGCCUACCAGAGAGGCGAAUACGUUCACUACGGCAUCCGUCCGGAGGAUGAUUUCAUAGAAAAUGCCUGAGCGAUUAACCCCAAGUAUGUGAAGUGCAUAACAUUCCCGAGACACUUUUAUGUCUCUUAUCGCCUU